AUGGAAGAUGCUAGUUACUUAACAAAUGGAUAUUUAGAAACCGUCAUAGAUUGGAUACCUAGUAUGAAAGGUAUACGUUUGAAGGAUUUUCCAAGUUUCAUAAGAACAACAGACCCAAAUGAUUUUAUGUUGAAAUUUAUUAUAAGUGAAACUGAAAAGGCUAAAAAGGCCUCUGCGAUAAUUUUGAACUCAUUCGAUGAACUAGAGCAUGAUGUUGUUGAUACUCUUUCAUCUAUUCUUCCUCCAAUUUAUUUGGUCGGACCAUUGCCUAUUCUCCAAAAUCAUAUCCAAAAUAACGAUUUGAAGUUGCUUGGAUUAAAUCUUUGGAAAGAAGAGUCUGAGUGUCUUCAAUGGCUUGACACGAAAGAACAUAAAUCUGUGGUGUAUGUGAAUUUUGGAAGCUUCACUGUCAUGACACCAAACCAAAUGAUUGAAUUUGCUUGGGGGCUAGCUAAUAGCAGUCAAAACUUUUUGUGGAUAAUAAGGUCUGAUCUUGUUAUUGGUGAUUUGGCUGUUCUUCCACCUGAAUUUGUGGACGAGAUAAAAGAUAGAGGCAUGUUAGCAAGGUGGUGCCCACAAGAAAAAGUUCUCGGCCACCCGGCAAUUGGAGGAUUCUUAACUCACUGUGGGUGGAAUUCAACUCUUGAAAGCAUAAGUGCCGGAGUGCCAAUGAUUUGUUGGCCAUUUUUUGCUGAUCAACAGACCAAUUGUUGGUUUUGCUGCAGUCAAUGGGGCAUUGGAAUGGAGAUAGAAAAUGAUGCUACGAGAAAUAAAAUUGAGAGCUUUGUGAGAGAGUUGAUGAAUGGAGAGAGAGGCAAAGAGAUGAAGAAUAAGGCAUUGGAUUGGAAGAAAAAGGCCGAAGAGGCCAAUACAGGUGCAGCUUAUGUGAUUCUGGAGAAAAUGAUCAACCAAGUGCUUCUUUCUCAAAAAAAUUAG